AUGAGACGCCGGUUAACCUCUGGUUCGACAUGGCAGCCUUACAUGCCCGCACCUCCAGACCCCGUCGGUAUCAUGAGGUCGACGAUAAACCGUAUGGUGCGCGAUAACCUCGCUCUCGAGAACCCUCUCCUCCCUUAUUUCCCCAAAACCGAACGCCAAUCGAUCGAGAAGUUUCGAAGACUGAUAUCAAGCCUGGAUCCAGUCAUCAGUCCACCAAAUGCCACUGAUACCAGAGCCGACCAUGUUCGAUGGGAGACGAAGACCCAGAAGGCAUAUCACGCUCUCCACGGCCUGUGCUUGAUCCUCAUGUCUGCCACUAGCAUCCAUGGCAGCCAAUCCGAUUUGAAACGGGUUCUCUCUGGUAUCAUGUUGGAAAACCUCGAAGUGGCUCUAGCGUGGAUCGCGUAUAUCCUUCGCACGGACAAGGCGGCUUGGGCGACCAUGUUCUCGUCAUUCAGCAUAAUGAUCAUCGAGGAAGGCGAACUUCGCGCCGCGUUGAUUAACUCUCCAUGCGCCAUAGACUGCGCUGUCGAGAUCUAUGUCUCCGCUACUGACUUGCUGGCAUAUGGGUUCAAGGAAGUCUGGCCUGUCUUGGGGAUCAUAUACGAGCAUCGGUCGUCUCGAAAAAUGUUCUUCGACAACUUACUUUCUCGACCCAAGUCCACCGUCAGGACGUUCGUUGGGAACAUCGUCACUAUCAUGGAGUAUGUUCAAUCUACACUCGACAAAACCCUAGAGGAAGGCGGCGAUCUCUUCAGAUGCUACGAAAACGUCAAACGUACCCACAGCUUCAUUGAAUACCUCUCCUCCGAAGUCCGGCUCUCCUCCUACCUCCUUGAACGACGCUACCACACACGGUUCGCCAAAAUCACCAUGUACACGCGGAAAUUCAUGACCGACCCCGUUCACCAACUCGUUCUGGCUGACUAUCUCGGACACAUCUACGAAAUGUCGAGCUACCACCCCGAGCACAGCGUCCAAAUCAUCCUCGACCUCUUGGAGAUGGACACUCUCCCAGUCAUCGCCGACGGUCUGAUUAAAUGCCAAUCGACCGCUGACGCUCACAUCUUGACCAAAUCCCUGCUUCAUAUCGCUUCGAGGAUGACGUCUCGUCGUGUCUUCACGGCAGUCGAAGCUGCUCUCGGUAGAAUUCCGGAACCCGUCCUUCGCAGGUUGGCGGGGACACGCGCGUAUUCGUCGACCCCCGCUUCCGAUGCUUGGAUGUUAUUCCAGGUGGUUUACAACCAUAGGAAGGCUGCUCUCUACCAGGCGCAUGCGGGUGAUCCUAUUCAAUGUCAAAAUACGAGACAUCAGGAGCUAUUUUCCUUUGUAGGUCGCCGAGGGAGCAACAAGCUAUAUGUUUGUAGCAGCUGCCUUUCGGUUACCUACUGCGGCCAGCCUUGUCAAUCCGACGACUGGGACCGCGUCCACAGAUACGAGUGUCACAUACUCGCUUCAGACCAUCGUGCGCUCACAAAACUGGGUAUCGCCCUCCCACCGCGUCUCAAACACCUCCACCUGGUGAUCAUCCAACGCCAAAUGGACGACAUGGGCGACGCCUACCUCAUCAACUCCACCCAGCGGACUCUCGUACACGCUCUAGGACCUACAGCCCUCCACUCCAAAUCCGCCAUCCACGUUUCUCUACGCUCGCAGAUAGGCGCUACGCGUCCCGAGGAAGUGCUCACCAUCGAGGAAUACAGACGCGAAGCCCAGAAAUGGUAUUUAUGGUCGGGAGUCAGGUUCGAUAGCCUCGUGGAGCAGGCCAAGGCGAACGAACACCAUCUCGUGGGGUACCGCUUCGCGUCUGGGGAUAUCGGGCCUAUAUACCAUUUCCUAUUGUUGAUGGACUUUUCUAAUCCCGAGCUCGAGUCGCGCCAGUCCAACUUUUCGAGGAUCCGGAGCGGGAUGGUUCAAAUCCAGUAUCGAUCGCAUGAACCUGAAUGGCAGCUGAACAAGGAGUGCAAAGAACCCUGCUGCAUGUGA